AUGGCGAGCACCGAUAUACCAAGAUCUCCAUUUAAUUUAAAUGAACACUAUCCGGUAGUUCCACAGCGAUUUAUUCGUGUCUUAUAUGGAAAUAAUCAAGAAAUUAUUUCCAACCCUUACUGCUUGGUGCGAAUUCUCCUUGAAAGUAUUAAACGACGAUGCGAAUGUGGAAGAGAAGAAAUGAUUGAUUUAGCUGACGAUAAUGGCAAUCUAAUAAACCUGUACAUGUAUGAUAAUCACUACGCCAACGAAUAUCUUAAAGAUAGCUCGGCAUAUGUCCUCAUUGGCAUAAAUGAAAGCGGAUCAAAUCGACAAUAUACAAGCCUUCUCAAUGAACCUAGCUCAGCAAUCGAAGCUAUGCUGUUUGAUCUAAAUUCUGCGGUAAAUGAAAAAGUAUCAUCAGAAAAUCCCCAAAUUAUCGAUUUAAAGUCACGACAAUCAAGAAAACUUAAUCCACAGCCGUCACAUAAGAAACAGCUUCGAACUGUAAUUGGUACACCUGAUACUAAUCGAACCAAGAAAUUCAAUUUUAAGAAAACGACCAGAAAAUAACUUUAGUUACAUUUCU